AUGGUAAAUUUCAAUCUUACAGCAUUUCCAUUGAUUUAUGCCCAUCGAGUUACCUCUGCCUUUUUUUUCCUAUUAACCUACUUUAUCAGUUUAUCUGGAAACCUUCUCAUUAUUUUGCUGAUCCUUAAAAGUCCCUUCCUCCAAACCCCAAUGUACUUUUUCCUCAUAAACCUGUCCUUCCUUGAGAUGAUGUUUACAACCACGCUCAUACCAAAGCUCUUUGCUAUAUUGGCAUUUGAAAAUCACACAAUUUCCCUUAAUGGUUGCCUUACACAAUGCUAUUUUUACUUUUUUUUAGGCUCAGUUGAGUUGCUUCUCUUGGCAGUCAUGUCUUUUGACAGGUACAUAGCUAUAUGCUAUCCCUUGCGAUAUGCAACUAUCAUGAGUACUGGGCUCUGUCUGAAACUUGCCAUUGGUUGUUGGAUAGGCGGCUUUGUGCUUACCAUUGUACAAACCAUACUUGUAUGCAAAAUCAAAUUCUGUCAGUCAAAUCUCAUUGACCAUUUCUUCUGUGAUAUAGAACCUCUUCUCAAACUUGCUUGUUCAGACACCAAAUUCAUACAGUUUGUUAACAUGCUUUCCUCUUCAGUGGUUGUGUUUGGGUCAAUAACAUGCAUCAUUAUCUCUUACUCGCAAAUAAUAAUAGCAAUCAGGAGCAUUUCCACUAUCACAAAUCGGUGGAAGUCUUUCUCCACAUGUGCUUCUCAUCUUAUUCUCAUAUUUAUAGUUUAUGGAAGCUCUCUAUUCUUGUGUAUGAGGACAGUAACUACAAACUUUAUAGAUUUUAGUAAAUUGUCAGCUCUACUAACUGGAAUAGUUACUCCUCUCUUGAACCCAUUUAUUUAUACCCUGAGAAACCACCAGGUAAAAAAAGCUCUAAAACAACUUCUUUGUGCAUAG